UGCAGAGCAGAGGAGGAGAAAAAAUGUUUCCUGGUAUUUCUUCCAAUGUCCCAAUGCCUGUUGGUGCAUUCUGGACCACAGGCUUGAAGCAGCUGUUCUUGUUCAUCGUUUGAUAGGGAUCUUGUACCAUCUGAUUAUAUCUGUCUUCCUCCGGACGAGUCUACACCUUCAUUCAGCCACUCAAGACACUGAGAUCCUAGAGUUGUUUUUUCUUAGUAAAGAACAAGGGAAAUAAAGCAAAGGAUUUAUCCUCAGGUGUAGUAAAGGAGACCAUCUAAAAUUCUGUUUCUGCAAAGAGAUCAAGAUACCUUUUGGCACAUAAAAGACAAGUCUGCCUUCAAGAACAUCAGGACUUUUAACGCUCACCAAGGUUGAAAAAGACGAAACAGCAGAAAGAAGGAGAACUGACUCCUCCAAAUUAACCCAAGUGAGAACUUUGAUUUUCAUUCUCCCCUGAGGUAUCAAAACCCAGACUUAUCCAUCAAUCUGAGGAUCACAAGGCCUUUGAAGGAAACAAUUUAAAGGACAAGAGCAAGCCAGGGUCAAUCCACGUUUCCCAGGCUUUUGCCAGCACAUCGUUCUUCUAAUCAAGAAUAGAGACAUAAAAAGCCCACUGGACAAAUUCUGUCCAUCUUUUAUACAGUAGACAGCUGCACUUCAAGAACAUUUGACCUCCUGGCACUAUCUGCAGGCAACUCCUGAUCUUUAUAAUAAAGCACAUCAUCACAAAGCAGAACUCCCCUAAUUGCUUAUGGCCGAUUGGAGCUUGCUGGGUAAUUUCUUAGAAGAGGUGCAAGAGCACUCGACCUCGGUUGGAAAGGUGUGGCUCACCAUCCUCUUCAUCUUCCGUAUCCUGGUGCUGGGUACUGCGGCAGAGUCAUCGUGGGGUGACGAGCAGGAGGAUUUCACAUGCGACACGGAACAGCCAGGUUGCGAAAAUGUUUGCUACGACCGCGCCUUCCCCAUUGCCCACAUACGCUUUUGGGUGCUGCAGAUUGUCUUCGUAUCCACACCUUCACUUAUCUACAUGGGCCAUGCCAUGCACAUUGUGCGGACGGAGGAGAAGAAGAGGCAGAAGGCGCAGGAAGCUCAGGUAGCUGAUAGUGGAGGAGGUGGAGGAGGUGGUGGUGGUGGUGGUGCAGAGAAGUACCCAGAGGAGGAAAGGAACUGUCAAAAGGAUGAUUCUGGAGUAAGAAAAUUGCAUCUGAGGGGUGCUCUUCUGAAAACCUACGUCCUAAGCAUCAUGAUUCGCAGCCUAAUGGAGGUCGUCUUUAUCGUUGUUCAGUAUGUGAUAUAUGGAAUCUUCCUCGAGGCACUAUACAUGUGCAACGGGCCUCCUUGUCCACAUACGGUCAACUGUUACAUUUCACGGCCUACUGAAAAAAAUGUCUUCAUUGUGUUCAUGCUUGUAGUGGCGGCCGUGUCUCUGUUUUUGAGCAUCGUCGAGCUCUAUCACUUAGCAUGGAAGCAGUGCAAAAGAUGUAUCAUAGAAAACCAGGCCAGAAAGUAUCAAAGAUCCAAUACGACAUUGGCGAUAACUACUGCUUCUCCAGAACCUUCCACACCAAACCGAGCCUGUACUCCACCACCCGAUUUCCAUGAGUGCCUGGCAACAUCCACUCCACCUUCACACAUAUUCCAGACUAAAAUACACACACACACCCACACACAUCCAAGCUGUCCAUCAUUUACCAACCACCUGGUGUACCAGCAGAAUUCUGCCAACAUGGCAACGGAGCGUCACCGUGAUCAUGACAGCAUAGAGACUGAAGAUUUUCUCAAGAUGAGCUUUUCACAAGAAUCAACAAACUUGCCCAAUAUGUGUGUUCCACCCACACUGCUGAACAAUGGAUUCUUGAGUGACAAACGACGGUUCAGCAAAAGCAGUGGAGCCAGCAGUAGAGUGAGACCAGACGAUCUGUCCGUAUAGUCUUUGGCCCUUAGGUAGGCAGCCAUGACAUAAUGGCAAAAUUUACUGUAAAGAAGCAGUAAGUUUUGUACUUUAAACAAAGUAAACAUUACGAUUAUACCACAAUUCAUCUAAUACAUAAAAUAUACAGUAGCUUGCAUACACAGAUCAGGCAUAACAUUAUGACAUUAUAACACCAUGACUGGUGAAGUGAAUAACACUGAUUAUCUCUUCAUCAUGGCAUGUUAGUGGGUGGGAUAAAUUAGGCAGCAAGUAAACAUUUUGUCCUCAAACUUGACGUAUUAGAAGCAGGAAAAAUGGGCAAGCUUAAGGAUUUGAGUUUCACAAGGGCCACAUUGUGAUGGUUAGACGACUGGGUCAGAGCAUCUCCAAAACUACAGCUCUUGUGGGCUGUUACUGGUCUGUAGUGGUCAGUAUUUAACAAAAGGAACAGUGGUGAACCGGCGACAGGGUCGUGGGCGGCUGAG